AUGUGUAAGCCUUUGGAUGCUGUCAGUGCACCCAAAGAUUCAGCCAGCAGCCAAAGAUGUGGUUUGCCAGCUCGAUGCAAAGCACUUUUAGCUGCUUUCACCGUGUUGGCCCUGAGCUCCUUGGCCAUUUUCGAGAUCCGCGUGAAUGUGCUCUUGAUCCUCUACAUGCCACUGGUGAGUGGUCAAUUCUUUGAGUUCGAAUGGCUUCUUCCUUGGCUGGACUCCUACUUAGACUUGGAGAUUUGGUGGAACCCUGAGAAUUUCCAGGCCUACGACCUGCAGGAGAUAGCCGCCGAAGACUUCACGUGGGAACAUUACAUGAAGGUGUCCCAGAAUCGUCGCCUUGUGACUGUGGUGCGCGGAUUGAUGAGCAACACCAGCGCCGCCCCGGCGAGUUUUGCUCCCGAGAGUGGAUCGAAGCACAUGCAGAUUUUCAGCUCAACGAGAUCAUUGCCAAAGAGGAGUACAAGUACUGGUAUGACUUCCGAGCUAUCAACUUCUCGACAUAUGUCAACUCCAUUCAGAAAGGAGAGUAUCGCUAUGCUGCGGGCCUGGAUGAAUUGA